GUCUAUGUCAUUCACACAGCCACUGGCGCGCGCUGGAUUUGCGCCACCAUCGGGUAUGCGGCGCCUGUUGUCACUGUGCAAGCCACGUUCUCGGGUAUGGUCAACGGUACCAUCACCUUCAAGCAGCUUGCGGACCAGCCGCAGUCAGAGACGACGGCUCUUGUGCGCCUUGCUCGCACAGAUGGGCAGACCACCGUCGACCAUCAGUGGCACGUGCACACGACACAGCUGAACGGCAGUCCGAACUGCGCGGACGCUGGUGGCCACUUCAACCCAAGCGGCAUUUCGGAGAGCCUCGACCUCGGCUGCCUGCCCUUCCUGCCCGACCUGUGCACGUACACUGGCAACCUGUAUGGGCGCUUUGGUGCACUCACGCUGACACCGACGCUGACCAAGGCCAUGUUCACCGGUCUGGCUCUUCCCCUCUCUGGCCCAACCGCCAUCACGCCGCACUCGGUGGUGAUUCACGACCAAAACCUGGCCACGACGCGCCUGGCGUGCGCCGACUUGGGUGUCGUGGCUCCCCGCGUUUCGUCCGCCGUGUUUGCCUAUCCCGACCGCCAGAUUUACGGCAGCGUGGUCUUUUCCCAAGUCUCUGCAGUUGAUCCCGUGCUCGUCUCGGCACAAGUGUUUGGUCUGUUUGACGGCGAGGCCUUCCCCUGGCACGUGCACAUUCUGCCCGUGGAUGGCACCACCGGAUCCUGCGCCAGCACGGCAGGGCACUGGAGCCCGAACGGCGCCAACGCCGCUGCUGCUGGCUACUCGACGAGCUGCAACGCAACCUCGCCCUACCGCUUCACCACCUGCGAGGCUGGCGAUCUGACGAGCAAGUUUGGCAAGCUGUACAAUGGCCAGCGUAUUGUUGGCGAGGACUAUGGCGGUCUGACACUGUUCGGCCCGCGUGCCAUCCUUGGCCGCUCGGUGGUUAUUCACCGCGCCGAUACAACGCGCUACCUUUGCGCGACCAUGGAUGCGCUUGUACCCUCGAACGUGGCGCAGGCAACCUUUUCGACUCCUUUCAACGUCAACGGCGUCAUGACGUUCCGUCAGGCCUUGUUUGCUGCUGGGGACGCUUUGCCACCGACAACCUACUCGACCACGGUUGCCAAGUCGGACGGCUCUGCCGCAACCUUUGGCCACAACUACCACGUCCACCUGGCACCUGUCAACAUCACCACCAACGACUGCGCCUCCACACUCGGCCACUUUGAUCCGUACGGCGCUGCUGCUUCUCCCACCUACGCCACCGACUGCACACCGCUCACCCCCUGGAAAUGCGAGCUCGGCGAUCUCAGCGGCAAGCAAGGCCAGCUCAACAUUCCGACCACCAUGUCGCUGGCCGCGCAAGGCCAGUAUGCUGACGUAAACCUGCCUCUGUCGGGUCCGCAGACGAUUGUGGGACGUGCGGUGACCAUCCACGCCGCAGGUGGUGGCUCAACGCGAUAUGCGUGCGCGACGCUGAAGCCCGCAGCAGCCAAGACGGCCAACGCCUACUUUAACUCCCAAGGCGUUGUCGGCGUGAUUUCCUUCUCGCAGACCAACCAGUAUGACCCUGUUGCCAUCAGCGUUCAGCUUGACGGUGUCACCGGCUCCGUGUCCAAUCGCCCGUGGCACGUUCACACCUUCCCCGUGGAGACGGACUGCUCGGCAGCGAGCGUCGGUGGCCACUUCAACCCGUUCAAUGCCCCAGCAUCCUCGGCCGGCUACGCGACGACGUGCAAUGCAAACUCGGCCUCCCGCCACGUGUCUUGCGAGACGGGAGACUUGAGUGGCAAGUUUGGUCCGCUGGUGAAUGGCAAGAUUGCCGGCCAGCCUGGCCGCAUUGUCGAGUCGUUUGUCGACCCCACCAUCUCGUUGUAUGGCAUCAACUCGAUCGCUGGCCGCUCCGUCGUGAUUCACCAAGCCGAUGGCACUCGCUGGAUUUGCGCAACCAUUGGCCUCGCGCGCCCAGUCAUCACCGUUCGCGCAGACUUUGCCGGCGUUGUGAACGGUUCCGUCACGCUGAAGCAGCUUGCAGACGACCCUCUGUCGCCAACGAGCAUUCACACAAAGCUCUUCCGCACAGACGGUACCACGACAAACAACCACAAUUGGCACGUGCACAUCAACCCCGUGGCGACGCCUGGCGACUGCGCGUCGACGGGUGCGCACUACAACCCGCUCGGCGUCGACACGUCGAAUCCCACAACCUACGCAUCGCUUUGCACCCCGCAGACUCCCGCCAACUGCGAGCUGGGCGACCUGACCCUCAAGCACUACCAGCUGAACAUUACCACCUCUGCCACGAAAACCUUUACGAGCGACGUGAUGCUUCCGCUUUCCGGCACAAACAGCGUGGCUGGGCGUUCGAUUGUCAUUCACGACCAAAACGGCGGCGCUGCUCGAAUUGCAUGCGCCUCGCUGUACGUUGUGCAGCCCAAAACCGUCCAGGCUUCCUUCAGCGCGGCCAGCUCGACUGGUGGCAACGUGCCAUGGGCGACCGGCACCAUCACACUGUCGCAAACAUCCCCGAGUGACCCCACUUUUAUCAGCGUUGCAUUGUCGAACGUGGUCGCUCCCCUGGACUGGUCGAUCAAUGCCUUCCCCGUCGAACAAGGCUGUGCCGCGCUCUCGGUUGGCUCCAUGUUCAGCUCUGGCAGCAUUGUGAAUGGUGCGCGUCGUGAUUUGGCCUUCGACCCCAACGCCCCAAUCUGCUCCGCGUCCAGCCCCUUCCGAUUUGCCUCGUGCGUUGAAGGCAACCUGUCGGGCAAGCACGGCACCAUCAUGCCGGACUCGACCACCUUUGCCGACAACAACUUGCAGCUGUUUGGCCGCUGGUCGGUUUCUGGCCGUUCGAUUGUCUUGCGCAACAACCAAACCGGACAGUACGCAUGCGCCACACUGUCCAUCACGAGCGUGCCCACAAUCACCGCCAUUGCCAGGUUCUCGUCGCCCGUGGUGACUGGAACCAUCACGCUCACGCAAGAGGCCAACGACCCCACCGCGCCGACCAGCGUCUAUGUCAACGUCUUCCGCAUGGAUGGCACCACCUCCAACAACCACAUGUGGCACAUUCACGUCAACCCCAAGAAUGGCACGGACUGCUUGACCACGGGCGGGCACUACAACCCGCUGGGUGUGGACUUGACCCAGCCCGCGUACGGCAACACGUGCACGCCAAGCACUCCUUUCGGCUGCGAGCUCGGCGAUCUGUUUGGCAAGCACACGGCACUCACGCUGGGUGGCAUGCCGCGCAGCCAGCGAUUCUUUGAGACGGAUGUCCAGCUGCCCCUCUCUGGCCCCAACUCUGUCAUGGGACGCUCCAUUGUCAUUCACAAUGCAAAUUUGGCCACGACUCGCUUGGCUUGUGCCGACAUUGUCCCCGCAGCGACCGCCCAAGCGCGCACUCUGACCGCAGUGUUCAACGGCGUGAAUGGCGUGGUUGGCACCAUCACAUUCAGCCAAGCCACACCAACCAGCCCAACCAACAUUACUGUUGAUCUCGCCGGCCUGAACAGCCAGGCCGAAUCGACCUUGUCCUGGCACAUUCACCAGUUUGAGGUUGCCUCGCCCGGCGACUGCUCUGCCCCUUCGACUGGCGGCCAUUACGAUCCGUUCGCCGCUGCAGCCAGUCCCACGUAUGCGACCAAUUGCAACCCUGCCAGCGGAACCAAGCUGUCCUCGUGCGAGAUUGGUGAUCUCAGCGGCAAGUGGGGCAAGCUCACGUAUGCGCCAAUGUACAUUCAGGACCCCUCCGUGACCUUGUUUGGCCCGCGCUCCAUCAUGGGUCGCUCAGUCGUGGUGCACCUCGCCUCGAGCGCUCGCUGGGUGUGCGCCUCCAUCGGUUACCCGAAGCAGGUGAAGGUUGUUCGCGCAGACUUUACCGGCUCUCCCGUCAGCGGCAGCAUUACCCUGCGCCAGAGCGUGGAGGAUCCCGAUGGUGAAACGACCAUUCUGACAAACUUGGUGCGCACCGACGGCGGGGCGCUCUCCCAAAACCCGUGGCACGUCCACAUCCUCCCUGUGGCCCCCGAUUGUGCCAGCACGACUGGGCACUACAAUCCCUACACUGCGGCGCUCGGUCUGUGCUCGCCUCAGGAGCCGUACUUGUGCGAGCUCGGCGACCUUGCCAACCGUCAAGGCUACCUCGGCUUGUCCACGGCAGGCGGCAAGUCGAUGCUGGUGGACACCUUCCUCCCGCUGUCGGGCCCGACCAGCGUGACGGAUCGCUCGAUUGUCAUUCAUGACGCCACCACCCCGACCAUCCGCAUUGCUUGCGCAACUCUGUCCUACGUGACGCCACGCAUCGUCACCGCCGUGUUUGACGGCGCCAACACCAACGGCGUGACUGGCACCAUCACCUUGACCCAGCAGACGAUCAACGACCCCACCUGGAUUAGUGUUGCUCUGUCUGGCGUGGCGCAGAUCCCCUUGCCGCUGCCCUUCCACGUGCACGCCUUCCCCAUUGACUCGGCGGAAGCGGAUCGCUGCGGUGCUGCCUCGACAGGUGGCCAUUACAUCCCUCUGCCCAUUGACUACACCCAAUGCACCACGACCAGCGCACGUCGCUUCCAAGCCUGCGAGGUGGGUGACCUUUCUGGCAAGCUCGGACGCAUUGCGGGCUACUCGCUCCAAGGCUGGGACUACAUGCUCCCGCUCUUUGGCCGUUACUCUGUGGCCGGUCGAUCCAUUGUCAUUCAUCGCACCACAUCCGAGCGAUGGGUGUGCGCCUCGCUCGGCUACCCGAACGAUGCGCCGGUUGUGAGGAUUGUGGCCAACUUUACCAGCCAGUCCAGCCUCUUCACGGGUGCCGUCACGUUGACACAGAUUGCAAGCGAUCCGACCUCCGAAACCUACGUGCAAGUGAAGCUGGCCCGCACCGACUCGGCCGCCUCCACGGGCCACAAGUGGCACGUUCAUGUCAACCCGGUCCAGGGUGACGGCUAUUCCAGCAAUACCACGCGCUGUCUCUCGACUGGUGGACACUACAACCCGACCAACGCGCCCGUCAGCGACCCCAUUGCGUACGCCGCGUGCUCGAGCAGCAACGUGACCGCCUGCGAGUUGGGCGAUUUGGCAGGCAAGCUGGCCCAGCUCAACUUUACGGCCGGCAAUGCGGUGAACAAGCAAAUGUGGACUGACACGUGGCUGCCGCUCACUGGACCGUGGAAUGUCACCAACCGCGCGAUUGUCAUCCACGAUCAGAACCAAGGCUCGACCCGACUCGGUUGCGCCUCGUUUGACACGGCAUUUGUCCCAGUCACCCCAUCUGCAAGUGCCACUCCCAGCCAGGGCGCGCCAGCAGAAGACUCUUCCAGCAGCAACGCUGGCGCCAUCGCUGGAGGGGUUGUCGGUGGCCUUGUGGGUGGUCUUCUCCUCAUCUUGCUCGUAAUCUUCUUGUUGCGCCGUCGUCGCGGAUUGUCCUCGCGCAAGCGAGUCCAUCGCUCGCCGUCAUCGUCGGGCAAGGCUGAUAUCGAACGCAACGAUGCGUACGUGUCCCCAGCGUCGUCGGUCUCGGUGCAGAUGAAGCCGAUGAGUGCGCCGCCUUCCCGCGCGCCGCCCAGCCUUGCUGCUGCCGCUGCCCCUGCUGCUGCUGCCCAGGUUACUCCUCGCCCCAUCACUGCAUCACCUCCGCGCAGCGUCAAGCCUGCACCCACCCCUCGGCCCUCCGCCACUGGUGUUUCUGCGGCGUUUGAAGUCUACCGUGCCAUCUACCCCUACGCGCCGCAGUACCCCGACGAGCUCGAGCUGGCUGAAAACGACAUUGUUCUCGUCACGGCCAAAGCGGCGGAUGGUUGGUUCACCUGCAAGAACACGCGCACCAAGGCUGUUGGCAAGAUUCCUGGCAACUACUGCGAGCUCGACGCCAACGCCGACUAUCCCGGCAAGGGCUCUGCCGCGCCCAAGGCCGCGCCGAGGCCCUCGCCCGCAGCCAAGCCCACGCCCCCUGCCAAGCCUUCAAUGACUUCUAGCAAUGACUACUCGAGUUCCGAGAAUUUGAUUGCGUCGCGCCCUUCUGGUCCCAACAAGCCGGCUCCGACCCCACGACCGUCCGGGCUUUCUCUUCCGCCCAAGCCCACCCCAGCCCAGCGAUAA